AUGGAGUCCGCGGCGUCAUCGUUCCAGCGGACGCUCGUCGCGCGCGCCUCCGCCGCACGCGACGCGCAGCUGACGCGGGCGGCAAAGCGCAAGCGCGUGCUCGACGAGGACGAGUUCGUCGCGGCACUCGACCGGAUCAUUGAGCGCGACUACUUUCCGGGCCUGCCUCUGCUGCGGGCGCAGCACGAGCUGCUGCUCGCCAUCGAGGCGGACGACCCUGAGCGCGCGCGCCGCGCCUACGCCAUGGUCGGUGCAGCCACGCCUGCAGCGCACAGCUCGCGCCGCGAGGAGCGGCCGCCGACCCGCGGGCAGCGCAGCGCCGUUGCUGCCGGCGGUGGCUGUGGCGGCGGUCUCGACGCCUUUCUGGCGAGCCACACGUCGGAGGACAACGCCUCGUUUGGGCUCCUGCUGGAGCGGGACCAGGCGGAGCGGCGGAGGCGCUACUGGUGGGCGCAGGACGCGCCCGAGGGACUCGCGCAGCAAGUGCGCGCGCAGCUGACCGACGGCGCGCCGCCGCCGCCAAAGUUGCUCGAGGACUUUCCCGAGCUGCGCGGGCUCGAGGUGGCGGCGGCGCUCAAGGGCCCGUCGCAGAGCAAGCACGCGCGCAAGCUGGCGGCCUCGACCGCCGCCGACGCGCCGCCCACCUCGUCCACCCUCGUCCGCCUCCUCGCACACCCGGAGGAGGAGAGCGCGAAGGCGGAGGGGGCCAUCGACCGCGACGACCGUCCGGCGCGCCUCGAGACGGCACGCUUCUCGCACAAGACGGCUCUCUACCACGUGCCCGACGCGCACCCGACGCAGUUUGAGUACGCGGCGCACCUGCCCCCGCGGGAGACGGUCGCCCGCAACACGCGCUUCGCAGACGCCGCCGACUCGCCGAUGGUCACUUGGGGCGCGGUGCUGGGCACGCCUCUCCGCCUCGCCGAGGGAGGCGGCCACAACCCGUUCAAGGCGGAGCUCUCUGCGGCGGGCCACCGGCUAGCCCGUUCGCUCUCGAAGCAAGCCGUGCCCGACCCGAGCGGGCUGGGAGGCUCGGAGCUGCGCGCCUCGUACUCGUCCUUCACGCCGCGCCGCGAGACGCCAGGCAGGACGCCAGGCAGGACGCCCGGGCGCUCCUCCCGCCGCACUCCCGGCGGCGCCUCGGCUGCUCCCACCCCUCGCUCGUCGCGCCGGCCGUCCUCGGCCGCGGUGGUGCGCAGCAGCGUUCCGGGGACGCCAGCCGGAACAGCCGACGCUGCCGGCCCAGCGGCGACGGCAGGCUCGCGGUCGAGCAUCACGGAUGGGCUUUUGGAAUGA